AUGGCCGCGGCCCGCGCCUCCAACGACCGGCCCCCGGGCGCCGGAGGCCUGAAGCGCGCGCGGCAGCAGCAGGAGGCGGCGGGGGCCCGCGUGACGGUGGUGCUGGGCGCGCAGUGGGGGGACGAGGGCAAGGGCAAGGUGGUGGACCUGCUGGCCACGGACGCCGACAUCGUCAGCCGCUGCCAGGGGGGCAACAACGCGGGCCACACGGUGGUGGUGGACGGCCAGGAGUACGACUUCCACCUGCUGCCCAGCGGCAUCAUCAACACCAAGGCCGUGUCCUUCAUCGGCAACGGCGUGGUUGUCCACCUGCCGGGCUUGUUCGAAGAAGCAGAGAAGAAUGAGAAGAAAGGCCUCAGGGACUGGGAGAAGAGGCUCAUCAUCUCCGACCGCGCCCACCUCGUGUUUGACUUCCACCAGGCGGUGGACGGGCUGCAGGAGGUGCAGCGGCAGGCCCAGGAGGGGAAGAACAUCGGCACCACCCGCAAGGGCAUUGGCCCCGCCUACUCGUCCAAGGCGGCCCGCACGGGCCUGCGCAUCUGCGACCUGCUGGCCGGCUUCGAUGAGUUCUCCGCCAGGUUCAAGAACCUGGCCCACCAGCACCAGUCCAUGUUCCCCUCGCUGGAGAUCGACGUGGACGGCCAGCUCAAGAAGCUCAAGGGCUUUGCGGAGAGGAUCCGGCCCAUGGUCCGGGACGGCGUGCACUUCAUGUACGAGGCGCUGCACGGCCCCCCCAAGAAGAUCCUGGUGGAGGGCGCCAACGCCGCCCUGCUGGACAUCGACUUCGGGACCUACCCCUUCGUGACAUCCUCCAACUGCACGGUGGGCGGCGUGUGCACGGGGCUGGGCAUCCCGCCCCAGAACGUGGGCGACGUGUAUGGCGUGGUGAAGGCCUACACCACACGCGUGGGCAUCGGCGCCUUCCCCACGGAGCAGAUCAACGAGAUCGGCGACCUGCUGCAGAACCGCGGGCAUGAGUGGGGCGUGACCACCGGCAGGAAGAGGCGCUGCGGCUGGCUGGACCUGGUGAUCCUGCGCUACGCCCACAUGGUCAACGGCUUCACCGCGCUGGCCCUGACCAAGCUGGACAUCUUGGACGCCCUGGACGAGAUCAAGGUCGGCAUCUCCUACAAGCUGAACGGGAAGAGGAUCCCUUACUUCCCAGCGAACCAGGAGAUGCUGCAGAAGGUGGAGGUGGAGUAUGAGACGCUGCCCGGCUGGAAGGCGGACACCACAGGCGCCAGGAAGUGGGAGGACCUGCCCCCGCAGGCCCAGAACUACGUGCGGUUCGUGGAGAACCACGUGGGCGUGCCAGUGAAAUGGGUUGGAGUCGGCAAGUCCCGGGACUCGAUCAUCCAGCUGUUUUAG